AUGUCGAAUGCCCUUAUAAACUACCUGGACUCAGAUGAAUCAAACCAACCAUCAUCAGCACUAACUGAACAUGAAAAUAGUCUUCUAAAUCAGCUAUCAGCGCAACAACUUCUUAAAGUCAUCGCUAAACUCAAGUCUGGUAUACCCUUUGAAGAUAUAUUAAAAGAAUUCCGAGAUUUAACACUAGAAGAUACGAACACUGGAUUUUCACUGGAAGUUCAACACAUUGAUCCUAAUGAGGUUGACAUAUUACAGCAGAGUGAUAACUCUUAUUUCGUACAUCUUGCAAAGUAUACUCCACUGCGUUUAUCAUAUGAAGAACGUUGUUUCUUACGGCUGCUAGAUAGCACUUUACAAGUCAGUGAGUAUACGGACAAGAUCGACGUUUACCACGAUGGGAAUAAGGCACGAAGAAUUGCGCAUGAAAUUAAGCAAGUUUGUGCGAUAUUGAGUGGUUUGUCAAUUGCCCACAAUUACGAGGAUGGACAAAGACUGGUUAGGGAUCGUGAUUAUGACGCAAAUGCCGAAUUUUUUAGAUCAAUCUUUGAGAUUGGGCGAAGGUACAAAAUUUUGAAUCCUGAUCGCAUGAGACACUCUUAUGGAAAAUUAAUCUACUUCUUGAUGGACUCUAGGAAACCUGAUAUUCAAGAAUUACUUAACUUUGAUUGUGUUAUGAAAGUGCGUACGGUGUAUGAUUUGUUGGAGAGGAAGAAAAAUGGGUUGGCAUUGCUGGCGGAUCCAUUACUAAAAACUGCGACAAUGGAAAUUACGGGGGAUGGAAAAACCCAAGCGCAGAUUAGAAGGGAGAUUUUGACAAAGGAAUCUGCUGUUAAACACCUUAUUGAUAAGUAUUCUACGGGUCAGAAAAAGGCCGGAGGCUUCAUGGGUUUGGGAUUCCUCUUUAGCAGGGAAAAUGAAAAUUUAGAAAUUGAAAAUUCAGACCAACUCAGUCGUACAGAGCUUGAAACAUGUCUAUAUUCAUUGUCAGAUCAUAACGCUCAUUUGAGAGCUUUUAGGGAUCCCUGUGAUGAUAUGAUAAAAUUUUUGAAGGAAAAUUUUGACCCUCAAGAGUCAAAUCCAAAGUACAGUUUGGCAAUAAAUGCUGGAUUCCAAGGCGCUAGGUUAACUCAUGGCCAUGCUAAACAGUUUACCUAUGUCUUGCAAUCUCUAACGUUGUGGCGAGAAAUUGCCUACAAUAUGUUUGCUUUAUGGCAUUUUGCUGAACUGGACCUACUGGAUUCUCAGAAUCCAUAUCGGCUAAGAAACACAGGACAGGGGCUAAAUCGAGUGCAAGAUGGGCCAAAUGUCAUUAGGGCAAUGCGCAGGAUACUUGCAAACGUGCAACAACAGAUUGGUACAUGGAUCGGGUCAAAUGUGAUACAUUUGGGUGAUCACAAUGUACCAAAUUCUCUGUGGUUCAUAGAUAAAUACACGCAAAUCCCCAGAAUUUUAGUACCCAUCGUAUCGUGCAUAAAAAAAAUUCCAGAGCUCUACCAAUCCACUUCAUCCAUGAAACAAUACAUCGACACUCAAUUUGGUGGGCCGGUUAAUCUUAAAAUGAUGAUAUUGAAUGACUUUUUCUGUCACGCAUUCGACGGAAGCGGCGCGGAUAAUUUUAACGAUGCAGGAAGUUGCAUUGAUGGGCGGUUAACUUCUGCCUGGAAUUGGUGUUCCAUGAUUGAAAAGAAGAAAUACUUUCCCAUCUUUUUGCUAACAAAUUUUUCCGGGUUUGACGGUCGUUUUGACCAAUCUUAA